GGUCAGGAGCGUGUUUGGAAAGUUUGAAGUGAAGAAAUAUAGCAGUUUGGUCAGAACGCGCUUUGGAGCCGGAGCGUCACUCACACUGACCUCACCAUGCUCACCUUCACUAUCGAUCAUCCCGCUUAUUGGUGAUUGAUCAGGAAACAUUUCACUUUGUGCUGCGAGCCAACUCUGCUGUCAACAACAUCAGCGCGUGGAGAGAGACAGGAGAAAACACACAGAGAGACAGACAGGGCAAAACACGGAGGGAGAGACAGACUCCGAGGAAACAUCCAGGACCGACGCCGGGAGGACGAGCCCAGCCACGCCGGGGGAAGGAGCGCGUCCGCCGGCAUGAAGAUCGAGUUCGCCCCGCUGAACAUCCCGCUGCGGAGGAGGCUGCAGACCGCCGCCGUGCUGCAGUGGGUCUUCUCCUUCCUGGCUCUGGCCCAGUGCUGUAUGGCGGGCUUUGUGCUCCUGGCUCUCUCUGAUUGGUGGGUGCUGGCCAUGCUGUAUGCCGGUUGGCUGUGGCUGGACUGGGACACGCCCACCUGCGGGGGUCGGAGGUCGCGGUGGGUCAGGAGCUGGAGCGUCUGGAGGCACUUCAGGGACUACUUCCCCCUGAAUUUGGUUAAAACAGUGGAUUUGGAUCCCAGGAAAAACUACAUCUUUGGUUUCCAUCCUCACGGGGUCCUGGUGGCAGGGGGCUUUGGGAACUUCUGCACGGAGGCGACGGGUUUCUCGUCUCUGUUUCCGGGCCUGAAGCCCCAUCUGCUGAUGCUGCCCUUCUGGUUCAGAGUGCCUCUGUUCAGAGACUACAUCAUGUCAGGAGGUCUGGUCUCCAGCUCCAAGUCCAGUCUGUCUCACCUGGUCAGUCGUCCUGAAGGCGGGAACGUUGCUGUCAUCGCGGUGGGCGGAGCUCCAGAGGCGCUGGACGCUCGACCAGGAGCUCUAACACUGCAGGUCCUGAGCAGGAAGGGCUUCAUCAAGAUGGCUCUCAAGCACGGAGCUCAGUUGGUUCCAGUUUUUUCGUUCGGGGAAAACGAGCUGUUUGACCAGAUGGAAAAUCCCUCCGGAUCCCCGCUGAGAACUCUGCAGGACCGUCUGCAAAGCAUCAUGGGAGUGGCCAUGCCUCUGUUCCACGCCAGAGGGGUGUUCCAGUACAGCUUCGGACUGAUGCCCUACAGGAAGCCAAUACACACCGUUGUGAAAUUCAGCAACAUGCAGUAG